UGACGACCCUCAAAGACGCAUCAACUUGAAGGUUAAUAUACUUCUUGUUUAUCCUUGAUGUUGGAUCUUUGCAUUUUUCAUCUAGUUUGCUGAAUGAGUCACUGUGACCAAGAGACUUUAAAUGUGGAACAAACAGAAUUUACAGUUGGUGAUGUUGUAUAUGUCGGUCCUGGGACCCAGCGGAUAGGUAAAAUAGAAUUCAUCGGAGAAACGCAGUUUGCCAGUGGAGUGUGGAUUGGUGUAAAUUUAUUUUCACCUUGUGGAAAGAAUGAUGGUUGUGUCGAUGGUGUGACGUAUUUCACUUGUAGUCCAUUGCAUGGAAUAUUUUCUAAGCGUGGUAAUGUCAGACUUGCACCAAACCCUCUACUUGAGGAAUCCUGCUCAAAAGUUGGUUCAACAAUUCCUGAUAAAGCGCCAGACAAUCAAUCAAAACAAAACAGCGUUUUAGAUGUCGAUAGUGUCUGUUCAUCCAAGGUGUCUCUAGUGAACUCUCCUGCCUGUGCAUCUGGGCGAAAUACUUUGCAAAUCGGUGAUCAUGUUCAGGUUUCUGGAGGUCGAAUCGGUAUCCUCAGAUAUCUUGGGCCCACAGAGUUUGCUGUUGGUGAAUGGGCUGGUAUUGAGUUGGAUAGCCCUAUUGGGAAAAACGAUGGCUCAGUUUCUGGCGUACGAUAUUUUACUUGUAAACCGAAUCAUGGCUUGUUUGCAGCCGCUAAUAAAGUUGUACCUGCCGGUAGUAAGGAUGAAUUUCGCACAUCUGGUUUUGAUGCAUCAAAAAACAGUCAAACUCGCCGGAGUCAAGAAUCGUUACUAUCCUAUUCAUCCAAUUUGAGUUCAGUAUCUCGCUCUUAUCGUCUAAAUCAAGUUAAUAAUGGAUUACAGAGUCGUAAUGGUGUAGCUGGUAACCGAAGACCGAUAUCAUCAAUGAACACUCCAAAUCGUCGAGAAUCUACAUCUAAUUUACAAACACUACAGCGUCUUGUCAAGGAAAAAGAAGCGCAUAUCGAGCAACUUUUACAAGAACGUGAGAUGGAACGUUCUGACCUAGCUAAAGUUACUUUAGAAAGAGAAAUGGCUCAAGCUGAAACAUUGAAUCAGCAAGCUGUGAUACAGCAAUUGAACCAACAAUUAGAAAAUAUGGAAGCUGUUCUUCAACAUUUACGCGAUGAACAUGAGCAAACAACAAUUAAGCUACAUGAAGAACGAAAAAAUCUUGAAGAUUUACAAUUUCGAAUAGAAGAAGAAAACAUUGACAAGAGCACGACUGAAUCACAGAAUGCAGACGAUGAAUCAAAAAUAUUUGAACUGGAAGAAGCUUUAAUGUCAGCUCGUGAAACGAAUGAACGUAUGGAAUUAGAAUUAAAUAAAUUACGAGUAGAAUUAAAUGAUCUUUUACAAAAACAAACGAAUGUGUCAAAUCAAAGUGAUGAAAACAAAUCUCAAAUUCAGGGAAAACCAUCUCUCCAAUUCACUGGGCUUGUAUCUGAGACAUCUAUUACUCCAACUGAAAACGAAGGCGAGUCUUUCCAAAAUGAAUGUGAACGGUUGCGCAAUUUGUUGGCUGAGCGUCAGGCUGAAGCAGAAAUUAUGCUAAAGCAUCAAGCUGAAACAAUUGAGUCAUUAACGGUUGAGUUUAAUGGACAAGUUGAAAAAUUAAAUUGUCAGUUGCAGAACUCUUCAAAUGAAAUUCAAGCAUUCAAAAACGAGAAUAAUUUACUGAAACAACAGAAUAAUGAACUAGUCCUAAGUUUAAAGAGUCAAAUUGAUCAAUUAAAUAAACAACUGACAGAACAAGAAAAAAUUGCUAAUGAAAAAUUAUGCAUGUUUGAAAAUCGGAUUAAAGAGUUGAAUCACUUAUUAGAAGCAGAGAAAACUAAAUCAACUUCAUCUUCUAAUCAGUCCCAGAUGACCAGUGAAAAUUUGAACAAACUAAAAGACCAACAAAAUAAAACUAUGCAAGAGUUAACUGAUUAUCAGAAUAAUGUUUUAUCGGCUGCCGAAUCAUUUCAUUCUGUACAAAUAGAAGAAGUGAAUAAUUUACAAUUAAUUAACGAAAUCAAUAAUGAUGAUGUUGAUGCUGUUACUAAUCAAGAGACUAUUCAGUUAUUAUUGGAAAAACUUAAAGUACAAGAAGAACUAUUCAAUGAACAAAAAGAUCAAUUGCUUAAUAUUCAGCUACAAACUAUAGCACUGAAUCAAGAUAAAGAGAAUUCUAACAAUAAACUUAAUGAGGUUGAAAUUUAUUUAAAUAAAUUAAAAAUAGAAUUGAAUGAAUCUAGAAUAAAACAAGAAGAAUUAAUUACUGAAUUAAAUAGUGCCCAUUUGAAACGUGAUCAAUUAGUUGAAGAUAUUUCUAAAGUUCUAGGUGAUUUAUCUUUAACUGGAAAUGCAGAGAAUUUAUCAACAAUUUUAUGUAACCGUAUUAAUGAUUUAAAAGAACAAAUAUCCGGACAGGAAAAAGUUCGUCAAGAUUUGGAAAAAUAUUGUCAAACACUAGAAAGUGAGCGUAAUGAUCUUGAGAGUGAGCUGACAAGAGUCAAUGUGACUUUGAAAAAUUCCAGCGAAAUACAAAUGGAUAAUUCAACCUUGAAAGAAGAACUUGAUAAUGCACGACAAAAGAUGUUUUCAUUAGAGAAAAGUGCUUCUAAUGCAUUUAGUCAACUUGAAAUCAAAUCGAAUGAAUUACAAACUAUUCAAUCACAGUUGGAUAAAGUUCUAAAUGAACAAAUGGAGCUUGAGAAAGUACACAACCAUACCAUAACAGCUUUAGAAUCUGAGAAACAAGUAUUGUUGGAGCGAAUUAAAGAGGCAGAAAAUCGUUUACUUGAACACCAACCAAAUUCGUCAACUGAGCUUACAAAUCAAUGUGGACAGUCUGAUAUAAACCGAUUAAUUGAAGAAAAGGCUUCAACUGAAUCACAAGUGAAUUUUCUCAAUUCCAUCAUUGUUGAUCUACAUGCUAAAAAUGCUGAACUAGAAUCUCGUGUACGAGCAAUGCUUGUCGGAACAGAUGAACAACUAGACUUACCUUCUAAUAAACAUAUCAAAUCACGUAAUCCACCACCUACACGUCUAUGGUGUGAUAAUUGUCUUGUAUUUGAUAGUCAUGAUACAAAAGACUGUUCACAGACAAAUGGGAAUAAUCACCCACAUCAACAUUAUACCACUAAUGGUAUGAUUAAAAACUCAAUAAUCCAUGAUGAAAUCCCUAGAAAGUCAUCUUUAAAAAACUUUCAUAAAAUUUCUAAACAGAAUUCAUCUGUAACAACAAUAAAUCGUUUAUACUGUGACAAUUGUGGUAUAUUUGAUGAUCAUAUAACUGAGAAUUGUACAGAUACACAAACAUUUUAAAAUUAAUCGAAUAACAUUAUGAUUAUAUGUUAAACGAAAUGUAAAUCUCUUUGUAUCCAUGUGUUUAUUGCUGUCGACCUUUUCUUGUUCUCCAGUCUUCUGUUUUUACCAAACUCUCAUUUGUUCCUGUUAAUCUUCCUGUCUUGUUUUCUUAGACACAUUUCGCUUAUCUUUUUUGUUUGGGAUGGCUGAUUUAGUAAAUAAUUUAUUUCACUUGAUUAUAUUUAUAAUGCAAGAUGCUAAACAUUCGACUAUUGUUGGUCAAUUGAAAAGAGAGAAAGUGGGGAAGUGCCUUAUCCUGUUGUAAUGAUUUACUAAGAGGAAACUAAUAUUACUAUUAUCAUUGUUCUCUUCUAUAUUAUUAUUAUUAUUAUUAUUAUUAUUAUUAUUAUUAUUAUUAUUAUUAUUA